CUUGCCUACUCUGUCCUUUCCAUUCUAAUUUUACACUCAGAAGAAAACAGCAUCAAAGCUUCGAUCCCAAGCCAUGUCUUGCCAUCUGAGAUCUGCAAGUUUGCCUUCCAGUCCUCGCUCAAACAGAGCCGAAGUUGAGCAGCAGCUGCAGAGCCUAAAGACAACCAUCUCUUCACCAUCGACAACCAUCGACACAAUGUGCAAUGGUUUCAGGAGCCUUGGAGACAUUUACAGCAGCAUCGAAGAGAUGAUGUGCACACCAAGCAACCAAGUCAGCCUUUGCCAGACCCUGCAAAGGAAGGCAGUGGAGGAAGAGCUUGGACAGUCGCUCGUCUUGCUUGACCUCUGCAACACCAUGCAAGAAAGUUUCAUUGACUUGAAGAUGAGUGUCCAAGAACUACUCUUGGUUCUCAAAAGAGGAGAUGAUGCUACUGCUCAACUCAAGGCAUACAUCCGGUUAACCAAGAAGGCGCAGAAACAUUUCAAGAAGGACUGCAAAAGGACUACUUUUGUUGAGAAGGAUUGCCGAGUGGUGAAGCUACUGGCGGAAGCAAGAUUGAUCACCACCUCGCUGCUUGAAUUCACAUUGUGCCUCUUGUCAAAGCAAAUUGAGAUGCCCAAGUGGUCUCUUGUCUCCAGAGCAUUCCAGAAGGGAAAAGUAGUGUGCGAAGAGGAGCAAUUGCAAGCAUUAGAGUGCAGUAUCAGAGAUGUUGAGAGCGGGGCAGAACUUCUGUUCAGGAGACUGAUCCGGAUCAGAGUUUCUCUUCUGAAUACUCUUAGUUCACAGAUACCCUGAGCCCUAAUGC